AUGCAAUUAAAUUUCGUCACCCUCGACGUCUUCACCCUAAAGGCCUACGGCGGCAACCCGCUAGCCGUAGUCUUCCUCCCCGAGGCAUCGGCAUCCGCCCCUCUAACCCAACGCCAAAAACACAUCAUCUGUAAGGAAUUCAACCUCUCCGAAACCAUCUUCGUCUACCCAGUCACCGAGCACAACAAACGCACCAUCGACAUCUUUACCGUCGAAUGCGAAAUCCCCUUCGCGGGCCACCCCACCAUCGGCGCUGCUUCAUGGUUCCUCUCCCACGCUGCCGCCUCCAAUAGCGGGGUUGAUACUUUAGUCACCAAAUCAGGCGAGAUCCCGAUUUCCAUCUCUGAUCAAGCGACGCAGGCCGUUGCGGCUAAGAUUGCGCAUAAUACGCGCAUUCAUCAGAAUCGGUUCCCGUUGGAGGAAUUGCUGAGGCUGCAUUCGAGUUUGAAAUCUUUCUUUAAGGCUGGGACGGACUUUCCGCUGUUUUCCAUUGUUAAUGGGAUGAGUCAGACGUUUAUUGAGUUGCCAAAUUUGGAAGCGUUAGCGGCUGUUACUACUGCUAAUGGGGGUGAGUAUCUUGAUGUGCAGCAUGGGGCGUAUCUGGAUGAGGGGUGGAGGUCGGGGUUGAUUUGUGUCUACUUCUUUGUGAGGGAUGUGGAUGAUGACAUCUUGGGGAAGAAGGUGAUCCGCACGAGGAUGAUGUUGGGUGGGUUUGAGGAUCCGGCGACUGGAAGCUCGGCGAGUGGGCUUACGGCUUGGUUGGCUCUAACAGAGGGGAAGGCUGGGGAGGAGUAUCAGUAUCAUAUCGUGCAGGGUGUUGAGAUGGGCAGACGGAGUGAUAUUGGGGUUGUCGUUGCUCUGGAUGGUGAGAAGAAGAUUGAAAAGGUGGAAUUGACGGGCACUGCUGUACAGGUGUCUGAGGGAAAGAUUGUUGUCCCUGAGUAG